UUCCGGUCCAAAGGAUUUACAAAGCAGAAGUCACUCGAAAGGGAUUAGCUAGCUUGCUAGCAGCUGACACAUUUUAAAUGUGGGGAAAUAAUUAGCUCGUUUGAGCGGCGCUUACACGUAAAGAUAGCAACGUAGCUGAUAACCCAGCUGUUACCAUGGCAAUCCUUUUUGCUGUAGUGGCUCGUGGAACCACGAUUUUGGCCAAACAUGCUUGGUGUGGUGGAAACUUCCUGGAAGUCACAGAACAAAUUUUAGCCAAAAUCCCCUCAGAGAAUAACAAAUUGACCUACAGCCAUGGCAGUUACCUCUUUCAUUACAUCUGCCAUGACAGAAUCAUAUACUUGUGCAUCACUGAUGAUGACUUUGAAAGAUCUCGGGCAUUUACCUUUCUUGGUGAAGUCAAGAAGCGCUUCCAGACGACAUAUGGCUCCAGAGCUCAAACAGCCCUUCCUUACGCCAUGAACAGUGAAUUCUCCUCCACACUGGCAGCUCAGAUGAAGCACCACUCAGAUCCGCGGGGGUCGGAUCGUGUCACUGAGACUCAGAUGCAAGUCGAUGACCUGAAGGGCAUCAUGGUCCGCAACAUCGACUUGGUCGCCCAAAGAGGAGAAAAACUAGAGCUGCUGAUUGACAAGACGGAAAAUCUGGUUGAUUCGUCAGUCACAUUUAAGACCACAAGUCGAAACCUCACCAGGGCCAUGUGUAUGAAGAACCUCAAGCUGACGCUCCUCGUCGUGCUCGUGUGUUUCGUUGUCCUUUACAUCAUCGUCUCCGCUGCUUGUGGAGGCCUCAACUGGCCUUCCUGUGUAAAGAAAUGAGGAGAACGUGCCAGCUGGAGGAGAUAAAGGAAGAGGAAAGGUGCCUGUUUGCUUGUAAAUGGACAGAAAUCGCUCCCCGGCCUUCUACCAUGACUGGAACACAUGAUUCUUCUCCUCCUUCCAGCAGCUUGUAUCAAGAUUCUGCACAUUUAUUUGCCUUCAGGACCAGAGUCUCACCUGAUUCACACUAAAGGACAGCCGCCAUAAGGCCUGAAACCUCUGUGGAAAAUGUCUGAUUCAUCCAUGCACUUGAUUUUUUUUUUUUUUUUUCAGGUUGUGGUACCGUCCUGCACACAUCCAUGUAAAUGAGCUCAUCCACAGUCAUGAAGCUCAAAUAUAGCAUCUGUUUUUGAGGUCAGCAUCAACCUUACAGACCUUGAAACAGUUGGUAGCAUCCCUGUUGUCCUGCAGGAGAUGAACAGGACUCCUAAAAUAGUCUGCUCUUCAUUUAUGUAAUUAUUUUGAUAAAACUGUAGAGAGCACUGCAGUGUCCUCUAAAACGGAUGGUCGUGUAAAAUAUACCAGAAAUGAUCAUACAAAUAAAUAUUGUACAUUUGAUUUAUAUUACUCUAAUGUUUCUUCUAAAGCGGCUCUGAUUUGUGCACAAAUUUAGCUUCUUUUUGCUUGUAGACUUUAACAAAAAGCUUUUUUUUUUUUUUUACCAUUGGCUUCCAAUGUUCAGUGUGCCCUUUUUUUGUUAACACGAUGCACUUUUUUAAGAAUUCAAUUGUACAUAAAUAUACUUCACUGCAUCAUACCGCGAAUGAUCUUGUAAUAUUUAACUGUACAUCCAGAUUUACACGAAUAAAAUCUGAGAGUUGGGA